AUGGGAGAGUAUGACAACGGGGUGCCGCCGAUCACAGCACCAUGGCCUGCAGCAGAUAUUAUCUACGUUGCCGUCAUCGCUCCAGUCAUGCUGGCUGCCUUCCUCGAGUGGUUCCUCUGGCUUGCUGCAUUCCUCUACUGUCUUGUCAAAGUUUUCCAAAAAGCUGAACACUGGAGCAUCCGAGUCCUCUCAGUUGUGAUGAUGGUCCUCUUCACAGCUCUCCGGCCAUCCAGAGGAAUCUUUCUGCCAGUUAUGGUCGUCACGCUUCCCUUGCCUGCAAGAAUCACACAGUAUUUUCCGGAUCGGAUGGUUUGGUUUCUGCAGUGGUUUGCCUUCUAUACCUUCGCCAUCCUCCUGGUUGUGCCAUGGCUCUUUUGCGUGUUCAGAGUGGUCACUACGACCAUGGGGCGGACAAAACGAAUUAAAGAAGUUCUCGACGAUAGAAAGGCUCCAAAGACGGUCAUUGUCAUGCCUGUUUACAAGGAAGAACCAGCUGUUUUGAUCAAGGCGAUCAAUUCAGUUGUCGACUGUGAUUAUCCUCCAUCUUGCAUCCAUGUCUUCCUGUCCUUUGACGGAAAGCAAGUUGACGAGUUGUUUCUCAAGGUCGCUAGGCACCUUGGGAUUCCAGAUGACUUGGAAGAACGCCAAUAUCCUCAGAGUAUCGACGUCGUCUACAAAUCAGCCCGAAUCACGGUCAGUCGUUUCAAACACGGAGGAAAGCGACACUGUCAGAAGCAGACCUUCAAGCUAAUUGACAAGAUCUAUGCUGAGUACCUCAGGCGGCAUGACAACCUCUUCGUUCUCUUCAUCGAUUCGGACUGCAUUCUGGACAGAGUAUGCCUCCAGAAUUUCAUGUACGAUAUGGAGCUGAAACCGGGGAGCAAGCACGAUAUGCUUGCGAUGACGGGGGUCAUCACGUCCACGACCGAGAAGAAUUCCCUGAUAACAAUCCUGCAAGACAUGGAGUAUAUUCAUGGACAGCUGUUCGAGCGCUCCGUGGAGUCCGGUUGUGGCGCAGUCACCUGUCUUCCUGGAGCCUUGACGAUCCUGCGGUUCUCAGCGUUUCGCAAGAUGGCCAAAUAUUACUUUGCAGACAAGGCAGAGCAGUGCGAAGACCUUUUCGACUACGGCAAGUGUCAUCUGGGCGAAGAUCGUUGGCUCACGCACCUCUUCAUGAUUGGCGCCCCAAAGAGAUACCAGAUCCAGAUGUGCACAAGCGCCUUCUGCAAAACGGAAGCUGUCCAGACGUUCCGAAGCCUGCUGAAGCAACGCCGUCGGUGGUUUCUCGGCUUCAUCACCAACGAAGUAUGCAUGCUGACCGAUAUCCGACUUUGGAGGCGCUACCCUAUCCUGUGCAUGAUUCGUUUCAUGCAGAACACCAUUCGAACGACGGCUCUCCUCUUUUUUAUCAUGGUCAUUUCAGUCCUCACGACCUCCAACAGGAUCCAGAACCUGCCUGUCGGCUUCAUUGCGGUCUCGCUGGGACUGAAUUACCUGCUGAUGCUCUACUUUGGCCUGGUAUUGAGGAGGUUCAAGGCAUGGCUUUACCCGAUGAUGUUUCUGCUCAACCCUUUCUUCAAUUGGGUGUACAUGGUUUAUGGCAUCUUUACCGCAGGACAGCGUACCUGGGGCGGACCCAGGGCGGACGCCGCGAAGGCUGAUGAGCAUACCACGCCUCGAGAAGCCGUGGAGCAAGCUGAGGCUCAAGGAGACGAGCUAAACGUAGACGUUGAGACAUUCAGAGCCGAGUAUGAUACGGCGGCGCCAGUGCCCAUCCACCCCGCUGAAAGCAUCGAAGGUCGUUUCGCUCGGAUGGGACACUCGUCAGAGGGCUACUACAUGGGACCAAAUGAGUCAGGCAUCACCUUGGUCCCCCUCAUCCCGCCAGGACUUCAAGUGCCCCGGCUUCCGCUCCAUCCUCGAGCCUCAUUUGACUCUGUCGUCACGGCCGGGUCCGGCGCCCACUCGAUCAGCAUGCCACGCCGCGUGGAGAGCCUCAUGAGCGAGGAAGAACAGCGAAAACUAUUCUUCGCCCGUCAGGCACAACGGUCAUCCAGUGUCUUCAACGAGUCCGGUGAGGCAGACAGUGCUAAGAGCAUGCCGUGGAUCGCAUCAUCGCGGAAAAGCAGCCUCAGCUCGACGGAGAGGCUGAGCUCGAGCCCGCAGAUAUCGCCAACGUUGGCUGCGAUUCGACCGGCUGAAGUGAUGGCGGCCCCUUCUCGAAUCUCGGAUGUCUUCUUGGAUCCGUUGAAACAGCUACAGCCAUUGCAACCCACGCGGAGCCCGCUCGGAAGAAGCAUCCCUCAACAUGCAUACUGGGAGGAUGAAGAAGAGGAGGUCAACCCUAGAAUGCCUCUGACUGGGGCCACGGGUUCUGAAGGUCCAAGCAGCCCGCCCAAUAAACCCGAGAAAAAGCGUCGGCGGUUGAUGAAGAGAAGCAGGCGGCCAGAAGAUCAGGUCUAG